AUGGUGGCUUCAGUAGUACCAGGACUUCUGCUUGCUGCAUCCAUCUCAGCAAGUAUAACUAGGACAACAGCUACACUCUCGUCGAACUGGGAUCAAAGGCGGAGCACCAAUAUUACAGUAAACCCCAACACUGCCCUUCCAGGAUGGACCUUUGUCGGUUGCUUCACAGAUGCCAAUGGCGCUGCCCCAACUCUCCAGGAACACUCCCUCAUUGACGAAACCAACAUGACACCAGCUCUGUGCAUGGAGUUCUGUGGGAACUUCAGCACUCCAUUAAACUUUGCCGGGACUGAACUUGGCAACCAAUGCUUUUGCGAUUUCAAUAUCCAAGGUGCGCCGCUCCAGGUGAACGACACAUUGUGCAACGUGGCAUGUGCAGGAGACAGCACGCUUACCUGCGGCGGCCCCCUGUUGGUGAGUAUAUACCAGAACAACAACGAGGGUGUAGGCCCACUCCCUACAAACAAAGCCACAGUCGGUGCUUUCGAAUUUGCAGGAUGUUUGAAGGAUGCAGAUGGGACUACAGUUCGGACGCUCUCUACACCUCUUACAGUUGAUAUAUCUGAUGGAGUAACCGCCGAGAGUUGCACAGUAACCUGUCUCGAGAACGGAUUUACAAAAGCCGGUUUGGAAUUUGGCCACGAGUGCUGGUGUGACAGCAAGUUCAACGUUGCGCUAGGCCUAAUCGUUGCCCCACUCGAAGAAUGCUCGCGCGCAUGCGACGCGGACCCCACCGAGCUCAACGCCAUUGAUACCCAUCAACCCGUCGGCAACCGGCGCAUGUCUGGCUACCUCUACCAGCAGUGGAAGCAGUGCCUCUGCAUCUACUACCAGCUUACCUACGACUAG